AUGUCGACAUCACUUCCGCGGCCGAAACGGGCCGGUGAAGACUUUACGCGCACCCAUUAUCAGGAAGAUCUCGACGACUCCGGUGCCUCCAAAAAACCGCGAUUUGACCUGCGAAAUCCGUCCACUCUUGCUCCAGACGCGCUCGAAGAUGACGCAGUACUGGACGCAGACGAAAUAGGACGGCGCGGGCAACAAGUUCGGCGAAAAGCCGUCAACCUAGAUGGCUACGAAUCAGACAGUGACAACGAAGGCUUCGACGCGCGAUCCUCUAAAAAGGCACGCCAAAAUGAAGCAAAACAAGAAGCAGACGAUGACGACAUGUUCGCCGAGCUGCAGGAGGACUUUGGCGCCGAGAACAUUGACGGCGACGCAGCGCUACGAAAGAAUAAGAAAAAUGUGCGGUUUCUACGAGACGACGAGAUUGAAGGUCAGGUUGCGUCGUCCAAGAGCGGGCGAACAUUACGCGUGGAUCUGAGCCAGGGUGGUAACGAUGUUAAUAUUGACGAAGAUGAUGAGAGCGAGAGCGACGUUGCCGAGGAAGACCGUGCGAGGGUUGACAGCGGCAUGGACGAAGAACUAGGCGCUGGGGCAAAGAAAAAGCAUGCGCCAUUAUUGGAUGCGUUCAAUAUGCGUGCUGAGCAAGAAGAGGGCCGAUUUGAUGAGCAAGGGAAUUAUAUCCGGAAAGCCGCAGAUCCUGAUGCCAUACACGAUUCAUGGCUGGAGGGAGUGUCAAAGAGGGAUAUCCGGCUUGCCAGAGAGGCGGCUGAGAAGCGAGAGGCUGCACGGAAAGAAAAGGACCGUUUGAAUGAUAGCGUGCUGACGUCUGAUGCCCUCAGAACGCUCAUCACUCAGCUGCAACGCGGGGAGACUGCAUUGGAUGCACUGGCGAGGAUAGGGAAGGGUGCUCCUAAAAAACCAAAAUGGCAAGCAAAACGGAACAAAAACCGGAAGGGUGAUCAAGAUACAGAAAUGGCGGAGGAAGAUCCUAAAGAGGUGAUGAGGAAGCAGGCAAUUGAGGCUGUCACAGGCGCAGCCGACAUCCUGAUGGCCAGAGGGCAAGCCGAGAUCUACGAUACUGAACGAGAGAUGCUCACCCGGCAAUAUCGUCAGGAGACCGGGGAGGAGUGGGUAGAUCCCCCUCAGAAUACAGAUACAGCAACCGGAGAUACCGACCGGGUAAUGUGGGAGUACCGUUGGUCUGAUGCCCGCGAUGGUGGCGUUGUACAUGGGCCCUACGAUGGUCCCACGAUGGAGUCAUGGAAGGGCGCAGGAUACUUUGGGGAAGGGGUCGAAUUCAGGAAAGUCGGAGACACUGGAGAGUGGGAUAGUAAUGCCAGCUUUGUAUGA